AUGACUUCAGACACAACACCUUUGAACGUACUCAUUGUUGGAGCGGGUAUCGGUGGACUUACCGCGGCUCUUGGAUUGCGCCAACAAGGCCACAAUGUAACGUUAUUCGAGAGAUCGCAACUGGCGAGAGAAGUCGGAGCAGCCAUUCAUCUUGCGCCAAAUUGUCAUGGCAUUCUACGACGAUUUGGGGUGUACCCGGAAACAUUUGGCGCCAAUCCUGUGGAAGGAAUCAGCGAGCAUACUGGCACUGGAGACGUCAAGUUUGACAUGAACUUGUCAGGUCCUUUGUCUAUCUGGGAGAAUCCAUGGGUCCUUUCUCACCGUGUCCGACUUCACGAAGAGCUCAAGCGACUUGCGACAUCCACCGAAGGAAAAGGAGCACCAGCUAUUCUCAAGACCUCCAGUCCAGUAGUCGAUGUCGAUCCUUCUACAGCCACUGUCAAAUUCGAAGAUGGCACAACAGCGUCUGGAGAUUUGGUUCUUGGUGCCGACGGUGUUAGCUCUAUAACCCGAAAUAUCGUCACGGGAACCGAUAUCAAACCCUUUGGCUCUGGAAAGAGCGCUUUCAGAUUUCUGAUUCCCCACGAUGUCAUCCGCAACAACGAAGCCACCAAGGUUUUUACAGAACGAACAGGAUUCAUGACGAUGUGGAUGGGCGAUGAUCGAAGACUGAUCAUGUAUCCCUGUUCCAACAACACCUUUAUGAACUUUGUCGCUAUUCACCCUAGCAACAUUUCUGCUGGUGCGAACAAGGGCGCUGGCUGGGGACGUGGUGGCAGUACAGAGUUGCUGAAAGAAGUGUACAAAGACUUUGAGCCCAAAGUCCGAGCUCUUCUGGAGUUGGUAGAUGCCGAUGAGCUGAAGCUUUGGACUUUGUUGGAUAUGGACAGAAUUCCAACUUGGCACAAGGAGAGGCUGGUACUUUUGGGAGAUGCCGCUCAUCCAUUCUUGCCUCACCAGGGACAAGGAGGCGGUAUUGCGAUCGAGGACGCAGCGUCAUUGGCGGCUUUGCUACCCCUCGGAACUACGCCAGCCGAUAUCCCAUCCCGUUUGGCUCUGUAUGAAAAGACCAGAGAUGAAAGAGCGCAUACAGUUCAAGAGUUUACCCGACAAGCAGGAGAGGAUCUCCACGGAGAGAAGCGCGCCAAAUUCAAUAUCUACAAGUUUCUCGACUAUAACUUUAACCACGACGAAUGGCACAACUCUACGAAAGCUCUAAAAGAUCAUCUCCACUCGCAAAACAAGAAUCUCCACUGGAAGUCUCCUCUAUCUUUUGGGCCGAUGCCCAGCCCUCGCCAAGACAUUGUUGGCCAACGCCACGAUGGAACUAAUUCGAGCUUCACCACGUACUCUGUCCGCUUCAAGUCGUCGGCAACAUAUCUCAAGACUCUCUUCCCCACACCACAGUUUAGUUUCUAUAAGCCCGGAACCGUCGCAGAAGCUACAUUUGCUUGCACCGAGCUGAAGGGCAUGAAGUGGCUAGGCGGAGGCGGCUACAAGUACUUUGGUCUCUGGCUACACGGUGUUCAGUAUGAAAAGAAGGAUGGAAGCAAGAUCUUUGGCUCCUUCUUGGUAGUUCUGAUGGAGAACCUAGCGGACCCUAUCGUCACUGGCAGGGAGGAACUUGGCAUGCCAAAGUUGUUCUGUGAGAUUGAGGUUGAAGAGAAGGAUUCAGCAACCAAGAUCCAGUGCAGUUGGAGAGGAGCAAAGUUUGUGGAUAUUUCCAUCAACGGUCUUGCCGAAGCCAAUGGCGUCAACGGCACCAACGGUACAAACGGGGCACCCAAACCUACUGGACCUCCAGGCGCUCCUCCACUGCCAGAAGAGCAAGGGCAAAUUGUCUACCGAUAUGUCCCCUCGGUGGGCAACCCGGGUGUUCCUGACGCUGCUUAUCCUGUGUUUAUCGAAGAUGGCUUGGAGUCUACGCCCCGAAAAGUGGAAAAGACAGAAGUUGGCAGUGGAGCCGAAAUGAACUUGACUGCUGGGACAUGGGAUACCCUGCCAACACUGAACCACAUCGCGACUGGGUUCUCUGAGAUCCCUGUCUAUGGAAUUGUCAAGAGCAAGGUUGAGCGUGGAAUAGGUGUUGAUGAUAUUUCCCACGCGAGAAGAGUAGAGUAG